CCCCCCCUGCAGAAACGCGCAAUCCAUUCGUUCACUCCCCGCCCGGUCUCGAGAUCCCACAUCGCACGCACCGCGUCCGAUCCCCGGCAGGCGCCCGUUCCCGAUGGCGACGCUCAAGGUCCCCUCCAACGACCCGGCCCUCGCCGACGACUGCGACAACCUCCGCAAGGCCUUCCAAGGGUGGGGCACGAACGAGGCGCUCAUCAUCUCCAUCCUGGGCCACCGCGACGCCGCGCAGCGCCGCGCCAUCCGCAAGCACUACGCCGACACCUACGGCGAGGAGCUGCUCCGGAGCAUCACCGACGAGAUCUCCGGCGACUUCGAGAGGGCCGUGAUCCUGUGGACGCUGGACCCGGCGGAGCGGGACGCGGUGCUCGCCAACGAGACCGCCAAGAAGUGGCACCCCGGGAACCCCGUGCUGGUCGAGAUCGCCUGCGCGCGCGGCUCCAAGCAGCUCUUCGCUGCCAGGCAGGCCUACCAUGACCGCUUCAAGCGCUCGCUCGAGGAGGACGUCGCUGCACACGUCACCGGCGACUUCCGCAAGCUGUUGGUGCCACUUGUAAGCUCACACCGCUAUGAGGGACCAGAGGUCAACACAAGGUUGGCUCAUUCAGAGGCCAAAUUACUGCAUGAGAAGAUUGAGCAUAAGGCUUAUGGUGAUGAUGAGGUCAUCAGAAUUCUCACCACUAGGAGCAAAGCUCAGCUGCUUGCAACAUUCAAUAAUUACAAUGAUACAUUUGGUCACCCAAUCACUAAGGAUCUGAAGGCUGACCCCAAGGAUGAGUUCCUCAAGACCCUGCGGGCUGUUAUCCGGUGCUUCACCUGCCCUGAUAGGUACUUUGAGAAGGUGGCCAGGCUGGCCAUUGCAGGGAAUGGAACAGAUGAGAACUCCCUCACUAGGGUCAUCACCACCCGUGCCGAGGUGGACCUGAAGCUGAUCAAAGAGGCGUACCAGAAGAGGAACAGUGUUCCCCUGGAGAAGGCCGUCGCAGGCGACACUUCCGGCGACUAUGAGAGCAUGCUCCUUGCCCUCCUGGGGAAGGAGUAGGCCUUGCCCCUGUAUCCACCCCCUGUUGUCCUUCUAUAUCUCGAUCGGAGAAUAAAAACCCUGGUAUGCAAGGCCGUUGUCACGCUGGUUAGAUCUGUUGCACCUUGCAUAACAGUGAGAAUAAAAUAGAGAUGUGAUUUGCGAUGAGUUAUGGUGGUACGUUUUGUACUUAGAUGUUGUGUGAAAUGCAGAGGAGAUAUUGAAAAGUUGAGUUUUCUGUAAGCCUGAAAA